ACCACCACUAGAGAGAGUAAAAGAAGCUUUAAGCUUUCUGGAAUGUAAAACGAUGAUGGAAUAAAUAAAUAAAUGAUACUUGAAGCUCUCUCUCUCUCUCUCACUUUAAUUGGUUAGUUCAUUCUCAGAAACGGGUUUGCCAACCGUGUGCAUAGGCAGCCCCAGCCAUCAUCAUCAUGUCCUACGCAUCUCUCAGCGUCAAGGACCUGACCAGCCUUGUUUCUAGAUCCGGAACCGGUUCGUCUUCUUCCCUGAAGCCUCCGGGUCAGACCCGACCCGUUAAGGUCAUCCCGCUCCAGCAUCCCGACACCUCCAAUGAGGCUCGUCCUCCUUCGAUCCCUCUCGACGAUAUCUUGUCCGGAUGGACGGCCAAGAUCAAGCGCAUGGGUCUCGUCGAUUGGCUCGAUACACUCUUCCCUUGUUCCCGAUGGAUUCGAACUUACAAAUGGAAGGAGUAUCUUAAGCUCGAUCUCAUGGCUGGUAUCACCGUCGGUAUUAUGCUUGUUCCCCAGGCAAUGUCGUAUGCUAAACUAGCUGGCCUUCCACCAAUAUAUGGUCUAUACUCUUCUUUUGUGCCGAUAUUUGUGUAUGCCAUAUUCGGCUCAUCCCGUCAGCUUGCAAUUGGACCUGUAGCAUUGGUGUCUCUUCUCGUUUCUAAUGCUUUGGGCGGAAUCGCUGAUACCAACGAGGAACUACAUAUUGAGCUGGCCAUUUUGUUGGCGUUUUUGGUUGGAAUUUUGGAGUGCAUCAUGGGGUUCUUAAGGCUUGGAUGGCUUAUUCGUUUCAUAAGUCACUCGGUCAUAUCUGGAUUUACAAGUGCUUCGGCUAUUGUGAUUGGGUUAUCUCAAGUUAAAUAUUUCCUGGGGUAUAGCAUUGCUCGGAGCAGCAAGAUCGUGCCACUAGUAGAAAGCAUAAUAGCUGGAGCUGAUAAGUUUCAGUGGCCACCUUUCUUGAUGGGAUCUCUCAUUCUGGUGAUCCUUCAAGUAAUGAAGCAUGUGGGAAAAGCAAAAAAGGAACUUCAGUUCUUACGAGCAGCAGCGCCACUCACAGGGAUUGUGCUUGGUACAACCAUUGCAAAAGUGUUUCAUCCACCGUCCAUCUCUCUGGUGGGAGAAAUACCUCAGGGCCUUCCUACAUUUUCUUUCCCAAGAAGUUUUGAUCAUGCAAAAACAUUGCUUCCAACAUCAGCUCUCAUCACCGGUGUUGCGAUCUUGGAAUCUGUAGGAAUUGCCAAAGCACUUGCAGCGAAAAACAGAUAUGAGUUAGAUUCAAAUUCAGAGUUGUUUGGUCUUGGUGUUGCAAAUAUAUUGGGGUCAUUAUUUUCCGCCUACCCAGCUACAGGAUCCUUUUCUAGGUCAGCUGUGAAUAAUGAAAGUGAAGCUAAAACGGGCCUAUCAGGAAUAAUAACAGGAAUCAUCAUUGGAUGUUCUCUACUGUUCUUGACACCGAUGUUUAAAUACAUACCACAGUGUGCUUUGGCAGCUAUAGUGAUAUCUGCCGUUAGUGGUUUGGUGGACUAUGACGAAGCUAUUUUCCUGUGGCGUGUGGACAAGAGAGAUUUUACGCUUUGGACCAUCACCAGCACAACAACAUUGUUCUUUGGAAUAGAGAUUGGUGUCCUUGUUGGUGUUGGUUUUUCACUAGCAUUUGUGAUCCAAGAGUCUGCAAACCCUCACAUUGCUGUCUUGGGGCGUCUUCCAGGCACCACUGUGUACAGAAACAUAAAGCAGUAUCCAGAGGCUUACACAUACAACGGAAUUGUGAUAGUCAGAAUAGAUGCUCCCAUUUACUUUGCCAACAUAAGUUAUAUCAAGGACAGACUACGAGAAUAUGAAGUAGCUGUUGACAAAUACACAAACCGGGGACUGGAGGUAGAGAGAAUAAAUUUUGUGAUCCUGGAAAUGUCUCCUGUUACAUACAUAGACUCGAGUGCGGUGGAAGCACUGAAAGAACUGUAUCAAGAGUACAAAACAAGGGACAUUCAGCUGGCAAUAUCAAACCCAAACAAAGAUGUUCACUUGACAAUAGCAAGAUCAGGAAUGGUGGAGCUUGUUGGCAAAGAAUGGUUCUUUGUGAGAGUACACGACGCAGUACAGGUUUGUCUACAAUACGUACAGAGCUCAAACUUGGAAGACAAGAAAUCAAGUUUCUCGAGAAGGUAUGGGAGUGACAACAAUUCAUCCUCCUCCAAGGCGCUGUUGAGAGAGCCAUUGUUGUCAGUGGAGAAAUAAAAAAGGAUAUGUAAUGUAAGUAAUAGAUGUGUAUAGUUUGUUGAGAUUAUGUAAACAGCCUAGACUUGCUACGAUUCAUUGUAUCACAUCACUUACAUAACAACACAUUCUUACUCUUUCUUUAAUUUUACCCACAAAUUAAAAAAAUAGACCUUUAAUGAGCUC